UCCUUGCUUCGUCCAUCAGUUGCCUUCUCUCUAGAAAAGAAAGGAAGAGUCAGGUGCGCAGGAUAAAGAGCGCAAGGGGUGCGUAGGAUAAGGAAAUCAGAACCAACAACAUGGGUCCGAUCGUGGUGGCGUCCCAGCUAGCGACUGGUUUGGGCGUGCUGGCCGGUGCGAUGCUGGUGAAAUCGGUGAUGGAGCAGAAGCCCAUGUCAGGUGGGUGCCCGAGUUGCAACGGGACGGGUCGAGUCAGCUGCCUCUGCACUCGUUGGUCGGAUGGAGACGUUGGGUGCCGCACGUGCGCUGGGUCAGGCCGGAUGGCUUGCAGCAGCUGCGGUGGGACAGGGACCGGCCGGCCGCUCCCGGUCCAGGUGUCCGUACGUGGCAAUCGACCCUCUUCGUGAAACAUCUUUUAUUUAUUUAUUUUAAAAUUUGAUAUAAGAUGGGAAAAGAAAUUUUGGGUUUUUAUUUUGUAGACUGUAACAUAUUAUUUCACGUGUAUGAUUUGUGACUGUUUUAAAUGGAAUUCGUACAUGGAACUUAUUUGGGUCUGA